GUCCUCAACCAUUUGAACCAUUUGAUGACCCUGAAACAUCAUUAUUAUUUCAAAAGGUUGUACACAAGGGACGAAGUGGUCGCAUGAGUUUAUCCACUGAACGUAAUAAUGCUACUAAUAGCUGCUGGAAAUGCUCCUGUAAUGAAAAAGAUAAAGUGGUCUGUAAGCAGGAAGCAGAAAAUUCAUUGGGUAGUGGAUUUUAUAAGAAAAUAUAUAUCAUGUGCUCCUUCUGAAUCUUUAUUCCUCUACGUAAAUCAGUGCUUUGCACCUGCCAUGGAUGCUGAGAUAGGUUCAUUGUAUGACUGUUUCAGUGUAGAAGGAAAACUAAUUUUGCAUUAUUGUAAAACUCAAGCAUGGGGAUGAACAUAUUUUUCGAUUUGUACUUACACUUUAACUCAUAAUUUUGUUUCUUUUUUAGUUUGAUGCAGGCUCGGCAAGUAAAAGUAGAUGUUAGUAAUUUAGUCAGUUACUUUAUUGAGUCUGUGAUUCAUUUGUAUUUAUACGAAAGAAAUGUUUAUCCACGUGCUUCUUUUGCUGACUUUAUCGCUUUCGGCCUGCAUCUGAAGACCUGCAAUAAUCCCGAUGUAAAGAAGUACAUUUUCGAUUGUAUUGAAUCCUUACGACCUCAGAUUUCGGAGAUAGAUGAGUUUCGUGUUGUAAUUAAAUCUAUUUCGGCCAGUUCAUAUGAAUCGAAACCUGUUGAAUCACUUGUUUUACAGUUCAAUAAACUAAAUGCAGAAUUUAUCCGACAGGAUAUUUGUUUCUCGUUGCUACAAGAGUAUUUUGCUAUUAUACUGAUUCGUUUGAAAAUUCUUGACUCUUUUCUACAGCCCCUAGAGUUUGAGACGACUUGGGAACCAUGGGUACAUUUCUGUUCAUUUUCAAAUCAAAAUGAGUUUAUCCUUUUGAUGAACAUAUUGGACUGAAGACUGAAUAUCUCGUCUACAGCCAGUAAUAAUUAUUGCUUGUAAAUAGAGUCACUAUAGUGACACGCUCCCAUGACAACAUGUGGUAUUCGGCUGGUUACUGUAGAAUUUAAAUAAUUAGUUUUUAUGAAAGUGUGCAUCUAACUUUUAACAAAUCAUCUAGCUUUAGAUAUUCUUGUUAUACAAAAUUGGAAAUAUACUUUUUCCCCGUUAUAUAAGCCAAUUGCAUCUUUUCAUUAAAAUGCAAAAUUAUCAUUCAUGUGUAGUUGUGUUUUUCAUGUAUGUUACUUAUUAUUGAUAAUAAUAAUAAUUCACACAUAACUCGAGAAACAAAUAAAAUGAUGCUAUAAGUCAUUUAAUCAGCAUCAUUACAAUGUUUGUAGAUCGUCUAGUAUUUUUUUCAGCUAUUACUAAAACUUUCUUGUCAAAGACAACCAAUUUUUAACUCGAAAUUGUUUGUUUAGAAUCCUACAAUGUCAUGGAGUUUGAUACGAAAUAACAAUAAAAAUGUUACUAAUUCCGGUUCAGUAUAUCCUAUCAAAUCAUUCCAAACUGAAGAUAUUCAAAUGCAAGUGUUUUUACUUCAGUAUUGAUGUGUUAAAGAAGUUUUCAAUUUUUUUUACAUUUAGUUGGGUUUUUACAAUAAAUUUGUUAUUUUCA